AUGUCGUCGACAAACUCAUCGGACGGGUCCCGACAGGAAUCGAUUGAGGAACGUGUGACGUUCUCGACGACAAUCGACGAUGAUGCCGACGACGCCGACCAAAUCUAUCAUUCAAUGAAUCUCAAUCUCAUCGAUGAAUGCGAUAUGUGUGUUCUCGAAAAUGGCCGGAUGUUCUACAUUCAGUACGCCGCCGGGGUGGAUUUGAACCCGGGCAAAAUGCGCGGGGUGCAAACCGCGCGGCUUACCGCCUGCGCCAUUCAUCCCCACAGGUAA